AUGACAGAAUUCUAUUACGCAAACGCCAGCUUGUUGAGCAGACGAGAUUUGGAGCCCUACAGCGCGUCUUCCAAGUCUUUUCAUUCUGUUGAAGCUGAAGAGCAAGAUCAAAGGAAUAUGGAGGUUCUAUUUGAGCAGGACAACAUUUGUGCAAGGGCGUGUGAAGACAUCUAUCAUGAUCAAUUUUGUCAAAAAGUAACCGAGUAUGCCAGUGCUGUGGUCAGUCCUACUGAAGGACAGGCCAGCAUUGAGCCGAAUUGGGCGAUUCUUGAAAUGAAGGAUCCACUUUCUAGAGAACAGGAGUCUGUCAUACUGGUCACCUUCCGAGGAACAUAUUCCUGGAUUGACGUCAUGCACGAUCUUGUUUGCUUGCCUGUGACACAGAGUUGUAUUUACUGGCCACUCCUACGGUGGUGGAUGCGCAAUGGUUUUAGCACUCAGAAGCUUGUUGGAUACAGAAUGGAGGGACAUGUUGUGGAAUUCCAGGAUUGA